CACCGCCCCGCAGCCAGAGAGGGGCGGCUGAAGGUUGCAUCUGCUGGAAGGAGGCUUUGGCUGCUUGGUAACGGGCUGCCAGAACAGAGAGCGAGGCUGAGAGCGGGGCAGCAGCUUCUUGACGUCAGGACCGAGCCAGGGGAUCCUGCCAAGCAGCCCCAGCCCUCCCCACAGGGGGGCCGGCCGACGGUUCGAGAAGAGCCCCGGACGCGAGGCGCCCAGCGGGGCGUGAGGUGGGGGGCGCAGACGCCGGUCAGCAGGGGUGAAGCAUGCCCCCUGCCCCCUGGCCAUGGAGAUCGCCCUGGUGCCCCUGGAGAACGGCGGUGCCAUGACCAUUAGAGGAGGAGGUGAGGCCCGGGCAGGCUGUGGCCAGGCCAUAGGGGGAGAGCUCCAGUGCCCCCCGACGGCUGGGCUCGGCGAUGGACCCAAAGAGCGGGCUCCAAAGGGGCGCGGCGCGCAGAGGGGAGUGGACCCGGGAGGGCGGCCUUUGCCGCCGCUGCCACGGGAGCUGCCACAGCCUCGACGGCUGCCACCGGAGGACGAGGAGGGAGAAGGCGACCCUGCCUUGGGCAUGGCAGAGGACCAGGUGCUGGGCGCGGGGUCCCUUCACCACCAGCGCGUCCUUAUAAACAUCUCCGGGCUGCGCUUCGAGACGCAGCUGGGCACGCUGGCGCAGUUCCCUAAUACCCUCCUGGGGGACCCAGCCAAGCGCCUGCGCUACUUCGACCCCCUGAGGAACGAGUACUUCUUCGACCGCAACCGGCCGAGCUUCGAUGGUAUCCUCUACUACUACCAGUCGGGGGGCCGCCUGCGGAGGCCGGUCAACGUCUCCCUGGACGUGUUCGCAGAUGAGAUCCGCUUCUACCAGCUGGGGGAUGAGGCCAUGGAGCGCUUCCGGGAGGACGAGGGCUUCAUUAAAGAAGAGGAGAAGCCCCUGCCCCGCAACGAGUUCCAACGCCAGGUGUGGCUUAUCUUUGAAUAUCCAGAAAGCUCGGGGUCCGCGAGGGGCAUCGCCAUCGUCUCGGUCUUGGUCAUUCUCAUCUCCAUCAUCACCUUCUGCUUGGAGACCUUACCUGAGUUCAGGGAUGAACGCGAGCUGCUCCGCCAUCCUCCAGCGCCCCACCAGCCUCCUGGGCCAGCCCGGGGGGCGAAUGGCAGCGGGGCUCUGGCACCUCCCUCUGGCCCUACGGUGGCACCUCUCCUGCCUAGGACCCUGGCAGACCCCUUCUUUAUUGUAGAGACCACUUGUGUCAUCUGGUUCACUUUCGAGCUGCUUGUACGCUUCUUCGCCUGCCCCAGCAAAGCAGAGUUCUCUCGGAACAUUAUGAACAUCAUCGAUGUUGUGGCCAUCUUCCCUUACUUCAUCACCUUGGGCACUGAGCUGGCAGAGCAACAGCCAGGGGGUGGAGGAGGAGGUGGCCAAAAUGGGCAGCAGGCCAUGUCCCUGGCCAUCCUCAGGGUGAUCCGCCUGGUCCGGGUGUUCCGCAUCUUCAAGCUGUCCCGCCACUCCAAGGGGCUGCAGAUCCUGGGCAAGACCUUGCAGGCCUCCAUGAGGGAGCUGGGUCUGCUCAUCUUCUUCCUCUUCAUCGGGGUCAUCCUCUUCUCCAGUGCCGUCUACUUCGCAGAGGCUGACAACCAGGAGACCCACUUUUCCAGCAUCCCGGAUGCCUUCUGGUGGGCAGUAGUCACGAUGACCACGGUAGGCUAUGGGGACAUGAGGCCUGUCACUGUAGGGGGCAAGAUCGUGGGCUCGCUGUGUGCCAUCGCUGGGGUCCUCACCAUCGCCCUGCCUGUGCCGGUCAUUGUCUCCAACUUCAACUACUUCUACCACCGGGAGACAGACCACGAGGAGCAGGCAGCUCUUAAGGAAGAGCAGGGCAGCCAGAGCCAUGGGGCAGGGCUGGACAGUGGAGGCCCUCGGAAGGCCAGCUGGAGCAAGGGGUCCCUGUGCAAGCCUGGGGUGUCCCUGGAGAAUGCAGACGGAGCCAGAAGGGGCAGCUGCCCCCUGGAAAAAUGUAACCUCAAGGCCAAGAGCAAUGUGGACUUGCGGAGGUCCCUCUAUGCCCUCUGCCUGGACACGAGCCGGGAAACGGAUUUGUAAGGGGAAGCCUGGGCAGAUUGGUGGUAGUGGGACAGGGAUGGGGGAGGCCUCCUGAGUCUGGGCAUCUACUUCAUACCACAGAGUAUUUCAAGCCCACCUUGAAGUCUGUCCCUCUUCUUCCACUUCUUCUAUCCCUCCCCCUCCCUCCCUUGAUCC